GCAAGAUUCCGUUUCACGUGACUGACUACAAUGGCGGCGCCCUGGAGCCUAGUGCUUCAACGUUGAUGUGUUCAGAUUUAUGACCGGGAAGAAACUCGCCCAUGUGUGUGUGUUUCUUUCUUUUUUAUAUUCAUUUAUUUAUGGUUUGAUUUGAAGUGAGAGAUGAGUCGGUUCCUGAGACUCAGCUGUUCGCUGUCUCGCGCUGCUCGGCGGAGUGUGUGGUCCAGUCACAGCACAGAGAGGAGAGUCGGAGUGGACUUAGAGGGAAGAAAACUGGAGAUCUCGACGGGGAAGCUCGCGAGGUUUGCGGAUGGAUGUUCUGUUGUGCAGCUGGGAGACACGUCAGUGAUGGUCACCGCCGUCAGCAAGACCAAACCUUCACCCUCACAGUUCAUGCCCCUGGUGGUGGAUUACAGACAGAAAGCGGCGGCCGCUGGACGAAUCCCCACCAACUACCUGCGGAGAGAAAUCAGCAGCAGCGAUGUGGAGAUUCUCACCAGCAGACUGAUCGACCGCUCCAUCAGGCCGCUGUUUCCCGCCGGAUAUUUCUACGACACGCAGGUCCUGUGCAACAUUUUAGCCGUCGACGGCGUAAACGAUCCCGAUGUCCUCGCCAUCAACGGAGCGUCUGCCGCUCUCGCCAUCUCCGAUAUCCCCUGGAACGGACCGGUCGGUGCUGUGCGCGUGGGCCUGAUCGACGGGGAGUUCGUCGUGAACCCGACGCGGAAGGAGAUGAGCUCCAGCUCGCUGAACCUGGUGAUAGUAGGAGCUCCUUCCAGCCAAGUGGUGAUGAUGGAAGCCGCUGCCGAGAACGUCCUCCAGCAGGACUUCUGUCACGCCAUCAAACUGGGAGUGAAACACACGCAGCAGAUCAUCCACGCCAUCCAGCAGCUGGUCCGAGAGCACAAGGUGGUGAAGCGCACGCCGCAGAAACUCUUCAGCGCCCCGCCCGAGGUGGUGGAGUACACGCGCCAGCUGGCUGGUGAGAAGAUCUACGCUGUGUUUACAGACUUUUCACACGAUAAGAUCUCAAGAGAUGAAGCUGUGAACAAAAUCCGACUCGACACAGAGGAGCCAGUUAAAGAGAGAUUUCCUCAAGCCGAACCGUUUGAAGUCAUCGAGGCCUUCAACGUGGUUUCCAAAGACGUUUUCCGUAACCUGGUGCUGACCGAGUACAGAAGGUGUGACGGACGAGACUUGACGUCAUUAAGAGACAUUUCGUGUGAAGUGGACGUCUUUAAACCUCUACACGGCUCCGCGCUGUUCCAGAGAGGACAAACACAGGUGCUCUGCACUGUAACUUUCGACUCUAUAGAGUCCAGCGUGAAAGCGGACAUCAUAACCACGGCUCUGAGUGGGAUCAAAGACAAGAAUUUCAUGCUCCACUAUGAGUUUCCUCCCUACGCGACGAAUGAAAUCGGGAAAAUGGGCGGACUGAACAGACGAGAGCUCGGUCAUGGCGCUCUGGCUGAAAAAGCCCUGAGACCGGUCAUUCCUAAAGACUUCCCCUUUACAAUCCGAGUGACCUCCGAGGUGCUGGAGUCCAACGGCUCGUCGUCCAUGGCGUCAGCGUGUGGAGGAAGUCUGGCUUUAAUGGACGCGGGUGUGCCGAUCUCCUCUGCGGUGGCCGGAGUGGCUGUGGGUCUCAUUUCCAAACCCAACCCUGAGAAAGUCUCCGAAAUCCACGACUACAGAUUACUAACCGACAUUUUAGGGAUCGAGGACUAUAAUGGAGACAUGGACUUUAAAAUGGCCGGAACAAACAAAGGCAUCACUGCGUUACAGGCUGAUGUUAAGAUCCCAGGACUUCCUCUGAAAAUCGUAAUGGAGGCCAUCCAGCAGGCGACAGUGGCCAAGAGAGAGAUUUUAGGGAUCAUGAAUAAAACCCUUUCCAAGCCCAGAGGUUCGAGGAAGGAGAACGGCCCUGUAGUGGAAAACGUCCGCGUGCCGAUUUCCAGAAGAGCUCGAUUUGUUGGUCCUGGAGGAUACAACCUCCGCCGACUGCAGGCCCAAACAGGCGUGACUAUAAGCCAGGUGGACGAGGAGACGUUCUCGGUGUUCGCUCCGACUCCAAACGCCAUGCACGAGGCUCAGGAGUUCAUCACCGACAUCUGCAAAGACGACCAAGAACAGCAGCUCGAAUUCGGGGCCGUGUACACGGCAACCAUCACAGAAAUCAGAGACAGUGGUGUUAUGGUGAAGCUUUAUCCCAACAUGAGCGCUGUGCUCCUACACAACUCGCAGCUCGAUCAUAAACGGAUCAAACAUCCCUCUGCUCUCGGACUGGAGGUCGGACAGCAGAUCCAGGUGAAAUAUUUCGGACGCGACCCCACGGACGGCAGGAUGAGGCUGUCGCGUAAAGUGCUCCAGUCUCCCGCAGCCACCGUGGUGAAGACGCUGAGCGAGAGGCAGAGCAUCACCAUGGGAACGGCAGACGGACAGACGUCAGCUUCCUCCUGACGUCUUCGUCACUGUGCUCUGGACUUGAGUUCUAAUCAUCUUCUCGAGUGUAGUCAGUCUGGAUUCGUGAAGACAGGAGACACCGCGUCAUAAAGGGUUUUACCCCAAAUGAUGUGUUCUGUACAUUCUCAUAGUCCAGAGUUUAUGCUGGGAAGCAGGACGGGGGAAACUGUCGCGUUGCUGCAGGGGAUCUGUUGAAAUAAAAUGAAAAAAUAAAUAAAAGAAUGACAAAAACUAUGUUAAAGUAUUGAAACUGUAUGUUGUGGACGUCUGGUUAUAACCGAACACCAUAACAUGAGCCGAGGAACCGUACGGAGGUUUGUAUGUAUAAUUAUAACGAUUGUCUUUGUUGUUUUCUACUUCAUAACCGACCUGAGUUGCAGGAUUAUUAGGCUUAUUAUUACGGUCCACUUCAGAAAUAUUGGCACCCACCAAGAGAGUAAACAAAAACAAAAAACAAAGGAUAUAUUUAAAAGGAAAGUUAACACAUUUUCCACUCAGACAGUGGGAGAGUUUUUUUCCCCCUAUCCGGUAAGUAGUUACUGCUUUUCAAAAGAUUUACUUUCUCUCGAAAAAUUUGUUUGGCAAAAUUUUUGGCACCCCUGUAUGACUAUAAUAAGUGUAUAAUAACUGUUUAUUGCUCUCAAUAAACAUUUGACGUAUAGUAUGAUGUUUCA